AUGACAAUCCAAAGAGAUCCACUCCAUCGUGUUCCCGAAGAAAAGACUGAUUUACAAGGCAACAAUAUUACUGUAAUAUUUGAACAUGACUUUCAACGGCUUUCAAAACUAAGGAUACUCCAAUUGACAGAUAAUCAAAUUCACACGAUUGAAAAAGGUGCCUUUCAAGACUUAACAUCUUUGGAGAGACUACGCCUUAACAACAAUCGGCUAAAGGCAAUCCCUGAAAACUUUGUGAUAAGUUCAGCAAGUCUUUUACGAUUAGAUAUUUCUCAUAAUGCUAUAGCUACUGUUGGACGACGUUCUUUUAAGGGAGCGCAAUCAUUACGGAGCCUGCAAAUUGAUAAUAAUCAAAUAACUUGUAUGGAUGAACACGUUUUCAAAGGACUCAUUGAGUUAGAAAUUCUAACAUUAAACAACAACAAUUUAACUACAAUUCCUCAUAAUGUGUUUAAUGGAUUGGGACGACUACGUGCAUUACGACUUUCGGAUAAUCCAUUUUCCUGCGAUUGCCACUUAUCUUGGCUGUCACGAUAUUUACGUAAUGCACCUCGUCUUGCGCCCUAUACUCGCUGUCAGUCACCAUCGCAAUUAAAAGGACAAAACUUAGCUGACCUACAUGAUCAAGAAUUUAAAUGUUCAGGUCUAACCGAGCAUGCUCCCAUGGAAUGUAGUUCAGAAAACAGUUGUCCGCAUCCUUGUCGAUGUGCUGAUGGAAUAGUUGACUGCCGCGAAAAGAGUUUGACAUCGGUACCUUCAUCAUUGCCAGACGAUACAACUGAAUUGCGAUUGGAACAAAAUUUUAUCACUGAACUGCCACCGAAAGCGUUUGCAAAUUUUAGACGAUUGCGACGCAUUGAUUUAUCAAAUAAUAACAUUUCGAGAAUAGCGCAUGAUGCUUUAAGUGGCCUAAAAGCACUAACUACUCUAGUUCUUUAUGGGAACAAAAUAAAGGACUUGCCUUCAGGUGUAUUUAAAGGACUAACUUCACUUCAAUUGCUUUUACUUAACGCCAACGAGAUUUCAUGCAUACGAAAGGACGCCUUUCGUGACUUACAAAGUCUAAGUUUGCUCUCACUUUACGACAAUAAUAUCCAGUCCUUAGCGAAUGGGACAUUUGAUGCUAUGAAAAGUAUUCAGACUUUGCAUUUGGCAAAGAAUCCUUUUGUUUGUGAUUGCAACUUACGUUGGCUUCGCAUUUGCGCAAGUCGAAUGGCAAAGGGAAAAUUUCUGAGCGUUGAAGAAAAAGCCAAAAUAGGGUGUUUACAUCAAAAUGGAUUCUCAAAGAGGAAAAUUGCAAGCCACAUAAACCGAUCGGAACACGUUGUAAGAAAUUUUUUACGUUUGGGUGAGGAAUAUGGUAAAGCCCCUACGAAUAACAAUCGAAAUGCAAAGAUAAAUCGGCGACUCAAAAACCAAAUAAAGGAAGAAGCAACAAAAAAUCGGCUCAGUGCAGCUCAAAUCGCAGCAAAAUUGCAGCUACCAAUUAAAAAAAGAAGAGUGCAACAAAUUUUACAUGCCGAUGGCCACAUAAAAUGGAAGAAAAUGAUGAAACGGCCCCCUCUGAAAGAAAUGCACAAGAAGAAUCGCAUUGUUUUUGCUAAAAAUCAUAUGCAUUGGACCAAAGAAUGGCACUCGGUUAUUUUUUCGGACGAGAAAAAAUUUAACUUGGACGGGCCAGACGGUUUCAGCUCUUACUGGCAUGAUCUCCGCCAAAACAAUCCCAUAAGAAUGAGUAGAAACUUUGGAGGCGGAUCUGUCAUGAUAUGGGGUGGCUUUUCACUCCAUGGAAAACUUACUUUGUGCUUCAUAAAUACAAGAAUGAACUCAGAGAAGUACGCUGAAAUGCUGGAUGACGUUCUAAUAAAGUUUCUGGAGGAACACGCCGAUCGGGAUCCAAUUUUCCAGCAGGAUAACGCCGCCAUUCAUGUGUCCAAGCUUUCAAAGUCUUACUUCUCGUCGAAGCAGAUAACGGUAAUGAAUUGGCCAGCAAGGAGUCCUGACCUAAACCCCAUUGAGAACCUAUGGGGAAUAAUUUCACGGAAGGUCUAUGCCAAAGGACGUCAGUAUUCCACAGUGAGUGAGCUCAAAGCAUCAAUCCAAGAGGCUUGGGACAAAAUCGACGAUGUGAUUAUCAAAAAAUUGAUAGAUUCGAUGCCAAAUCGAAUUUUUUCAGUUAUAAACCAAAACGGAGGAAUUACAAAGUAUUAA